CGCGUCUUACCUGGUGGGAAAGAAAUCCUGGCGGCUCUCUCGUGCUGGGUUCGAGGUUCUGGCCGGCGCCGUUUCAGGAACGCUCACCGCACCGGAAGUGGGGGGAGGUGGUGGCGGCCGGAGGGCGUGAGAGAGGAAUGCUGCUGCCGGUGGCGGCAGAGCCGGGGUCGGGAUGAGCUGCAGGAGACGCUGGGGCCCUACCCCACAGCGGCCACCUUGGGGCGAGGGAGACCAAUCGCCGCCGCCACCACCAACGUCGCCCCGCCGGGUAUUGUCACCGAGGCCUCCCCCGGACACCUCCGUCUCCUCCUCCGCACCAGUUUCUGUGCCCGGGGGGAGCCUGUUCGCCUGGGUGCGCGGGCGGCGCCUGGGCCAUGGGGGCCGCUGCGUGGAGCCGGCGAGGGACACGUUCCGGGCUAUGACUGGGCUGUAUGGCGCCAUCCAGCCCGCCGACUCGGUUUCCCCUAUCCCUCGCACGCACGGUGCCGUCUUCAAUCUGGAAUACUCCCCUGGCGGGUCAGUGCUCACUGUUGCUUGUGAACAGACAAAAGUCCUGCUUUUUGAUCCCAUAUCUUCAAAGCACAUCAAAACUCUCUCUGAAGCUCACGAGGACUGUGUAAAUAAUAUCAGAUUUCUUGAUAACAGACUGUUUGCAACUUGCUCUGAUGACACUACCAUAGCACUUUGGGAUCUGAGGAAGCUAGAUACAAAAGUGUGCACUUUACAUGGUCACACCAGCUGGGUAAAGAACAUUGAAUACGACACUAAUACAAGAUUGUUGGUAACAUCGGGAUUUGAUGGAAAUGUUAUCAUUUGGGAUACCAACAGGUGCACAGAAGAUGGUUGUCCUCACAAGAAGUUCUUUCACACCCGCUUUCUCAUGCGUAUGAGGUUGACACCAGACUGUUCUAAAAUGUUGAUCUCAACCUCUUCUGGGUAUCUCCUGAUCUUGCACGAUCUUGACUUAACCAAAUCCUUAGAGGUUGUCAGCUAUCCCAUUUUAAGAGCUAGGAGAACAACAUCCAGUUCAGAUCUGGGAUCUGCCACAUCAUCCAGUCCUAGGAGUGCUGGGUCACCAUGUCAUCAGAGUGACACAAUCCCACUGUCUGAGAAACAUAUGGUACGAGCCACCCAGCGAGAAGGUGGAUCUCCACGCAAUAGUCUUGAGGUUUUAACCCCGGAAGUUCCUGGAGAGAGAGAUCGGGGAAAUUGCAUUACAUCACUGCAGCUCCAUCCCAAGGGAUGGGCUACGCUUCUUCGGUGCUCAAGUAACACUGAUGACCAAGAGUGGACUUGUGUCUAUGAAUUCCAAGAAGGAACUCCAGUACGGCCAGUUUCUCCUCGCUGUUCCCUCCGAUUGACUCAUUGCAUUGAGGAAGCCAACGUUGGCCGGGGCUACAUCAAAGAACUCUGUUUCAGCCCUGAUGGCCGAAUGAUCGCCUCCCCGCAUGGCUAUGGGAUUCGCUUAUUGGGAUUUGACACUCAGUGCAGCGAACUGGUUGACUGCUUGCCCAAAGAAGCCGCCCCCUUGCAAGAGAUCCGCUCACUCUACUCGCACAGUGAUGUGGUCCUGACCACCAAGUUCUCUCCGACGCACUGUCAGAUAGCCUCUGGGUGCCUUAGUGGCCGUGUUUCUUUAUAUCAGCCAAAGUUCUAGGCACCUUUAGCCUCUUGCCUUGAAAAGAACAUUUGAUGUUUGUUUGUUUUUAAAUUACUUCAGUUUAGUUGGAGUGUUCUUUUUUAAAAAAAAAAUCUUGUAAAUUUGGACAAGUACAGAGUUACUCUGAUCCCUGGACUGAAAAAACAACACAGCUUCAAUCCAGCCCUUUGUGUGUGAGUGUGUGUAUGUGUGUGUGCUGUGAUUCUGAAUUUGCAGAUCAGAUUUCCUGCUCAUACUUCCUUUCUGCUCCUGCUGAUUCCACCUAUGUUUUGGAUGUAGCAUGGUGGCACUUGUAAGUCUUGUCUUUCCAUGUGACUUAUUAGUGCAAGAUGCUGGGUGGGCUUGAGAAGAAGGGAAAGACCCAGCCAAAACCCACAUGCUUCUUUGCCUUGCAGGAAUUGGACUUCAGCUCCAUGGUCUCUUUAAUUUCUGGAGUUUACUGAUUUUCUUCUAGGGAUGGAGCACUUCUCUUGCACACUAGAUUAGCUACAGCCAGCAAACACAUGGUUUUCUUUGUGAACAACUAUAAGAAAUGCUGUCAUUACAUUUUGGUAUUGUUCAGUCUGUUGGUUGGUGUUCCUAAAAUUAUACACUGUUUAUUACCAGCUUUCCCACCCAAGACUGGAAGCACAGUUACUCCUUCUUUUACUAGAGAAAAAGUUUAUUAAGAACUGGAUAGCUUAACAUCUUGCGCUCACAAGUCUUGUAAAGCAGCACCUUCUAUAAUAAUGUUGGACAUAGGAUGGUGUGUCAGUUGAUCAUCUGAAUUGUACUCUAAGCCUAUUGAUGGCUUCUAUCACUGUGAAAGGCUUUGGGAGUGAAUUAAUCAUUUUGUUUUAAAUAUCAGUUGAGUGUUACCCAGUACUAUUUCCAAUUAGUGAAAUUACAAAGGCUAAUUAGUCUUUUACUGGUGUGCCUUGCAGCUCCAUCUGAGAAAAGGCCUAGCACAGGUAUUCACACCUUAUGACCUGCUACACUUAGACACAGUCCACCAAAACAGUUUUGUCAAAAUAAUAUAUUUUCUCUUAUGGUAGUAACAACACAUAUUGUUACAUCAUUUGGAAACGUUCUGCAAACUUUAAUUAAAAUAGCUUUUAACUGUUUCUCCAUUGAAGAUAUGUGAAAUAAACCAAGUUCUGUUUUGGUUUUUUGUUUUGACAAAAGAAGGGGCAAAUACCAUAGACAUUCACCAACGUCUGUUGAAUAUGACUGUGGUGGAUCUGCCCCAUCAUUCCACAGUGUCAGACAGUGAGCAGCUGAAUUUAAGACAAGGCAGUGAGAGACUUGAAGAUGACCCAGGAAGUGGAAGGCCUGCAACUCCCCAUAAUAAUGAAAUGGUGGCCAAAGUGAAAUCCAUGGUCAUAGAGGAUCAUUGAGUGUCCAUUGAAUAUGUAGUGCACAGAUUGAACAUUUAACAGUGGAUCACUCAUUUCAAUGUUACAUGGCCAGCUUGUGCGUUCCGUGAUUGUUCAUAGGAACACAAAGAUAUGUUUUGAGUCAUUGUCCUGAACCACUGGAACAGGAUGCAAAAUGAUUCAGAUAAAAUCUUCAACAAAAUCAUUACUCUAAAUGAAUGCAGAUCUAUCACUACAAUCUGAGCAACAAAGAGAGCCGGCAUGCAGUGAUUGUUGGCUCACUCCCAGCAAAGAAGUUCAGCAUCCUGAAAUCAGCUGGAAAGGUGAUGCUUUGUGGGGGGUUUUUUGGGGGGGGGGAGAAGAUAGCGGAGGUGUACUUCUUACGAAUUUGGGAAUGGGAUGAGAGUUAGUUAUGAGACCAUUGCAGUAGAUGUUAAGUUAUACAGAAAUGAAAAUAAAAACCAAGAGGAAUACUUCAUUAUAGGAGCUUCUGCUCCACAGUAGUGCAUCAGUGUGCACUAGUGAAUUGGCAGCUCAAACAACCACCACUCUGACAUUGAAAGUCUUGCUACAUUAUAAUCUUGAGAAAUUACAAGAUAGUCUCUGGCAUGCGUUUUAUCUAAUGAUGAAACCCUGACAACUAAAGUGAUAUCAUUGUUGGAAGACCAAAAAGUAGCUUUUACAAAGAAGGGAUUUUGAAAAUAAAGUAUCCAUUUCAUUUGUGAUUAAUCACUAUAAGUUGUCUUGACAAGAAUGCAGGGUAUAAAUUUGUAAAAUAAAUAAAUCAGUGGGGCAAAAUAUGUAGCUUCAUAAGGAGGUUAUAUUGAAAAGUGUUAACUUGUAUAAAAUUUGGCUAAUAAAAUAUGUUUGCAAAUACA